AUGGACGGCAUUGCGCUGAGAGAUGAGGCGGUGCGCGACCGCAUUAGAGCCGCCGAGGAGUUCCUGGAUCCUAAUGAUCCCCGCGCACGAACCUACCGCGCCGAUAUCAUUAUCAUGCUGAACCGCGGUCUGAGGAGACUAGAUGUCAGCUUGGAUGAGAUCAGGACACACAACAGAGAGAUGGCCGAUGGCCUUCUCAACCAGCCAUUCGACUGGACCUUCGCAUUCGACAAUGCUUUGAAAAACAUUGUCGCCACCUUGCCCAACCGCCCCUCCAAAGAAUCCGCCGACGAUGUGAUCUACUACUGCGCAUACUUCGGAAGUUUCGGCGAAUUCUCUUGCAACCCCCGUACCCUCAGCUCCCAGCACCUCAACCACAUGGUCUCCCUCGAGGGUAUCGUCACAAAGUGCUCGCUCGUGCGCCCCAAGGUCGUGAAGUCGGUGCACUGGAACGAGGCCAAGUCAAUAUUCCAGUUCAGAGAGUACAGAGACCAGACCAUGACCAUGGGUGCCGCCAGCACUUCUGUCUACCCCACCGAGGACGACGACGGCAACCCAUUGGUUACCGAAUACGGCUACAGCACAUACCGCGACCACCAGACCAUCUCCAUUCAAGAAAUGCCUGAGCGAGCUCCUGCAGGCCAGCUGCCUCGUGGCGUGGACGUUAUUCUGGACGACGACCUGGUCGACAAGGUCAAGCCUGGUGACAGAAUCCAGCUCGUUGGUGUCUACAGGUCUCUCGGAAACCGCAACGCUCAAAACGCCAGCUCUACCUUCCGCACCCUUAUCCUCGCAAACAACGUCAUCCUCCUUUCCUCCAAGUCUGGCGGUGGCAUUGCCCAGGCUACCAUUACCGACACCGAUGUCCGCAACAUCAACAAACUCUCCAAGCACAAGAGGGUCUUCGACCUCCUCUCACAAUCCCUGGCACCCAGUAUUCACGGCCAUGAUUACAUCAAGAAGGCCAUCCUGCUCAUGCUUCUGGGCGGUAUGGAGAAGAACCUGGAGAACGGCACCCAUCUGAGAGGAGACAUCAAUAUCCUCAUGGUCGGUGACCCCUCGACUGCCAAGUCCCAGCUCCUUCGCUUCGUGCUGAACACUGCUCCCUUGGCAAUCGCUACCACCGGUAGGGGUUCAUCUGGUGUCGGUUUGACGGCCGCCGUGACUCAAGACAAGGAGACGGGAGAGCGUCGCUUGGAGGCUGGUGCCAUGGUUCUUGGUGAUCGCGGUGUUGUGUGUAUUGAUGAGUUUGACAAGAUGAGCGAUGUCGACCGUGUGGCUAUUCACGAAGUCAUGGAACAGCAGACCGUCACCAUCGCCAAGGCCGGUAUCCACACCUCUCUGAACGCCCGCUGCAGUGUCAUUGCUGCAGCAAACCCCAUUUAUGGCCAGUACGACACGCACAAGGAUCCCCACCGGAACAUCGCGCUUCCUGACUCUCUCCUCUCACGUUUCGAUUUGCUCUUCGUUGUCACCGAUGACAUUGAGGAUGUCAGAGAUCGUCAAGUCUCAGAGCACGUCCUGCGUAUGCACCGAUACAGGCAGCCUGGCACCGAGGAGGGCGCACCGGUCCGUGAGCAAGGCAACCAGAUGCUCGGUGUCGGCCGUGACGAAGACGCCGAUGCGAACCGCCCGACGGAUAUCUACGAGAAGUUCAACGUCAUGCUCCACGCCGGUGUGAACGUGACUGUCGGUAGGGGCUCUGCUCGGCGCGUCGAAGUCGUGAGCAUACCCUUCAUCAAGAAGUACAUCCAGUACGCAAAGUCUCGUAUCAAGCCCGUCUUGACCGCCGGCGCCGCCAAUCACAUCGUCAGCACCUACUCCGCCCUCCGUAACGACGAGAUGGAGAGCAACCAGCGCAAGACGUCCCCCAUGACCGCCCGUACCCUCGAAACCCUCAUCCGUCUCGCCACCGCGCACGCCAAGGCCAGGCUGUCCAACCGCGUCGAGCAGAAGGACGCCGAGGUGGCCGAGGCCAUCCUGCGCUUCGCCCUGUUCAAGGAAGUCGUCGAGGACGAGCGGAGGAAGAGGAGAAAGGUCAGCCGCGCCGACGACGCCAUGUCGACCGACUCAUCCGACGACGACUCGGACGACGACGACAACACGCAGCAAACGAGAGAACGCCCCACGCCCCGCAACCAACGCACAACCGGCCCCUCCACCCGCAGCACCCGCGGCUCCACCGCCAACGGCACCACCACCACCGCCGGAGCCGACGAUGACGACGAAGACCUCUACGCCGCCGCCACCCCGCGCGGCACCCGCAGCACUCGCCGCGGCCAGAACGGCACCUCCUCGCAGAUGUCCAUGGCCUCGUCACAGCCCGCGUCACAGCUCCUCGGCACCACACAAACCGAGAGCCAGCAAGAAGACUCCCAAAUGGGCGGCGAUGCUGACGACGCCACCAUCUCGCCGCAGCGCAUCCAGGCUUUCCAGACCGCUCUCGGCCAGCUCAUCGACGGCCCGCUCUUCGCCAACGACGCCGCUGACGUCGAGCCGCUCGUCGCGGCCGUCAACGCGCGUCUGCGGGCCGGUGAAGCUGAGUUCGGGUUGCCCGAGGCGGAGAAGGCGCUCGAGGCGCUGAGUGAGCGGAAUAAGGUCAUGUUCUCGGGGGGCAUUGUGUAUAAGAUUUAG